AUGAAUUGUUGCUUAUUUCUGCCUUUUAUGUUAGGGAUUUCUCUCCUAUGGCCUUGCCUUACAGCCACAGAAAAUUCCAGAACAGAGGAGGUUAAGCACCCAGUGGGUUCUCGGAGAGUGAAGCGUUUCUGGGUGUGGAACCAGAUUUUUGUAGAAGAGGAGAUGCGUACCCCUAAACACCGCAUUGGCCAGCUGAAAUCUGAUAAAAACGACGGACGCCCCUCUUUGCGGUACAAGAUUUCAGGAGAGGGAGCGGGAACUAUUUUUUCCGUUGAUGGAAAAUCAGGUCUCUUGUACGUGCUCCAGAAGCUUGACAGAGAGGACCAGGCCUCCUACACUCUGAAAGCCCACAUGAUAGACAUCUCUACUGGGGAGACUGUGGAGCCUGAGUCCGAGUUCAUCAUCAGAGUUACAGACAUCAAUGACAAUGAACCAAAAUUCCUAGAUGGACCUUAUGAGGCCGUUGUACCAGAGAUGUCUCCAGAAGGAACAUUCGUCACCCAGGUGACAGCAAGUGACGUGGAUGAUCCUUCACAUUAUAAUAAUGGUCGUCUUGUGUACAGUUUACUACAAGGCCAACCAUAUUUCUCCAUUGAACCAACAACAGGAGUUAUAAGAACGUCUGCUAAGAUGGAUAGGGAGCUGCAAGAUGAGUACUGGGUCGUCGUUCAAGCCAAAGACAAGAUCGGUCUGAGCGGAGCACUGUCUGGGACAGCCAGUGUGCUAAUCAAGCUCACUGAUGUCAACGACCACAAACCUAUAUUUACAAAAAGUUUAUACCGCAUGUAUGUCUCCGAACUGGCGCGCACUGGUACCCCCAUCGGGACAAUCAUGGCAGAGGAUAAGGACAUAGGAGAUAACGCAGAAAUGCAUUACAGCAUCGAAGACGCCUCGGAAACGUUCGACAUCAUUACUGAUGAUGAGACGCAAGAAGGCAUAGUUAUAUUAAAAAAGAAAGUGGAUUUUGAGAAUCAGAUCUACUAUCAUAUCAAAGCAAAAGUUAAAAACCGCCAUGUUGACGAGCAGCUCAUGAAAUAUCACGGGGAAGCCUCCACCACGUCCAUUAAGGUACACGUGGAGGAUGAGGAUGAACCUCCUGUCUUCCUCCGCCCACAGUACACGUUUGACGUCAUCGAAGGCGACCCCCAGGGACUGUAUGUGGGCCUGGUCGCUGCCGUAGACCCAGACCAGAGGAAAUCUCCUGUCAGGUAUUCUGUUACCCGAAGCAAAAUGUUCCAAAUUGAUGACAACGGCACCAUCGUCACAACAAGUCCUCUUGAUCGAGAGGUUAGUCCUUGGUACAACCUCAGCAUCACAGCCAGAGAAAUAUACAAUGUAGAACAGAUUUCUGAAGUUCCUGUGUAUGUACAUGUUCUCAAUAUUAAUGAUCACGCCCCUGAGUUCUCUGAGUACUAUGACACUUACAUCUGCGAAGAUGCAGGUUCUGAUCAGGUAAUUCAGACCAUCAGUGCGGUGGAUAGAGAUGACUCUAUAGAGGAUCACUAUUUUUACUAUAGUUUAUCUAUGGAAGACAAAAAUAACUCUUCAUUUACUAUCAGAAAUAAGACAGGUAACACAGCUGAAAUUUUGACGAAUAGAAGUGGUUUUAGCCUUCAAGAGGAGCCUGUCUUCUACAUAUCUAUCCUGAUCGCCGACAACGGGAUCCCGCCACUGACAAGCACCAACACCCUGACCAUCCGCGUCUGUGACUGUGAGGAUAGUAACAGCACACAGGCCUGCAGGAGCAAAUAUAGCAUGCCCUGCGUGGAAUGCAGGGCAUGGAUCAUAAGUGGUAGUCUGAUAUGCAUUGUGAUAAUAUUUGGGUUUGUUUUUGUGAUCAUAGCUCUGAAACAUCGAAGACACCAAAAUCGAUUCCCUGAGCAAGGGACAGACUACAGAGAUAACAUAUUCCGAUUUGACGAAGAGGGAGCAGGGGAAGAGGACAUGGAGGCCCUCGCCAUCGGAGAGCUGAGGAGCAGGCCCGUCUUGCGGGAACACAGGGCUCCGAGAACCAGCUCCGCGGACAUCAGGAAGCUGUGCAGGCUGUCUUUGCAGGCUGGCCCCGACGAUGCCACCCUCAAGGAGUUCAUUCUGGAAAAGCUCGAAGAGGCAGACACGGACCCUUAUGUUCCUCCCUUUGACUCCCUCCAGACCUAUGCUUUUGAGGGAACAGGGUCAUUGGCGGGAUCCCUGAGCUCUUUAGAAUCAGCAGACUCCGAUCAGAAUGAAAUUGAUCAUUGCUUUAAUGCUUGGGACCUUGCUUUGAAAGAUUAGCAUACCCGAUUGGUUCUGCUGUGCAGUCAAA